GGCUAGUCUACCGUGCAUAUAUAUUUCCUAACCAUUUAUCAACACACACAAGGAGAUCCAUAUGACUGUCGAACGGGCGCUCGUUCAUGCUAGGCCUUGCACAAUAUGGAAUACCAAUUUCGCGGGAAUGAAAUGGGACAAAUGGGAUCCUGACGUGGAAGCCGUAGAGGAUGUGAAAGGGGACAUGGAAAACGGCAGCUCACUUGUAUUUGUCAUGAACGACAACAGUGGCAAGUACAAGACUAUUUUAAGUGAUGUGGUGAAGAAUGAAAGGUUUACUUUCUCAGGGAGUCUUAUGGGAGGUCUGCUGGUCUUUAAAGGAACGUUUGUUUUGACACCAGAAGGCGACGAUAAGACCAACGUAGAGUACAGUUUUAGUAUGUACGGACUUCUCGGGGGACCCGUGGGAUUUUUAAAGAGCAAAGCUAUCGAGGGUGGCUGUGAAGGCGGACUAAAAAAUGUCAAGGAGUUUAGCGAGGCAGCUGAAGCAGCAAUGUCGGAUAGUUUAUGUACAUAGGACAACCACUGUCGUUCGGAUUGUAGCGUGUCCGCAUACUUCUCGGGGGACCCGUGGGAUUUUUACAGAGC